UUUAGUUACUAACAAUGUGUUCAUAAAUUUCAAUCUGACGACAUUGGCCGGUUUGUAGUGUCCUCUCAUAUAGCACAGUAUUACAGAAUAUUCCAAGAAUACUGCGAUAUAUAUUAUUUCAAUAAUAUUGUAGAAAUGUCGCAAAUAUCGCUGAAAUAUUUUCUAAUAUUCCAUGCUACAUGUACAAUUAAGAUAAUAAGUUAUCUAGCAAUAAAAUAACGUAUCCAGCCUAUCGUAACGUCACGUGCGCGUUUGUUGUAACCUUUGCAACAAGAUGUCUUUCGCGGGAAAGGUUGUCCUGAUAACGGGGGCCAGCUCGGGUAUCGGGGCUGCGACGGCUAUUCACUUGGCUCAACUCGGUGCAUCGUUGUCGUUGACCGGACGCAACAAGCAGAAUUUGGACAAAGUGGCUGAGCAGUGUGGAAAGUCCAAGCCAUUUAUCGUAACGGGCGAGCUUACUAACGAGAACGACGCGAAGAAUAUUAUUGACUCGACGAUCAAGCACUACGGCAAAUUAGAUGUUUUGGUUAAUAAUGCAGGAAUUUUGGAGAGUGGUAGUAUAGAGACCACAAACUUGGAGCAAUACGACAAUGUUUUCAACAUAAACGUUCGCUCAGUAUACCAUCUGACGACAUUGGCAGUGCCACACUUAAUCAAGACAAAGGGCAAUAUUGUUAAUGUUUCCAGUGUAGCUGGACUACGAUCUUUCCCAGGUGUUCUGGCAUAUUGCAUGAGUAAGGCGGCUGUGGAUCAAUUUACGCGCUGCGUCGCUUUAGAAUUGGCAGAGCAACAGGUGCGAGUGAAUGCUGUAAAUCCUGGUGUUGUAGUAACAAAUCUUCACAAAAGUAGUGGAAUGAGCGACGAACAACUUAAAAACUUUUUCGAGCACAGUAAGGAGACUCAUGCUUUAGGAAGAACGGGCGACGUUUCAGAAGUCGCGAAGACCAUUGCAUUUUUGGCAAGUGAUGAUGCUAGCUACAUAACGGGGACGACAUUACCUGUGGAUGGAGGUAGACAUGCCAUGUGUCCUCGUUAAUAAUUUUUGUUUUUACAAAUGAUAUAUGAUAUAUUUGUUUAUAUACAUACAGACUACGUAAUACAUAAUACAUAUUGCACUUACAGUAUAUUAACGAAACGCUGCAUAUAAUAUUUGUGUUCUUUCUUCUAAAUAGUUUCACAAAAACUUAUUGAAAAAAAUACUUCAGAUUUAUAUCAUAAUUACAUUUGUUAUACUAUUUCUGUAAAAAAGGAUAUAUCUAUACUAUAUUUCUAUACCAUAUUUAAUAAAAAGAGAAAGUAAAAU